UGAUUUUAAAGUAUAAUUUAAUAAAUUUUAUCACAAUUUUUUUCUCAUUUUGUGCCAUAUUUUCACUGAUCUAAUAGUUAUUUGAUCUUUUAUAUUGUUAUAAAAAUUAUAUUAUAUUUUUUAGUCAUUAUUUUGCUAUAAAUAUAUCUCAAAGUUAUUUAAAUAACAUUUGUCUGGGAUUUACAUUGAAUUCAAUAUUUGAAGGAAUAGUUAAAUGAAUAUUCAUUGAUAUAUAAAUAUUGUUUGCAUUUCAUUGAAAUUAAUAGUAUAUUGUAUUUGAAUUAAUUGACUGAUUUGAAGACAUGCCACGCAUCGAGAAAGGCGUCAAAUUAGACUUCAAAGAUGUCUUAUUAAGACCCAGAAGAUCAACACUUAAGAGUAGAUCUGAAGUUGAGUUGACUCGAAAAUAUCAUUUUCGUAACUCUGGUCAGGAAUACACGGGUAUACCAAUAAUAGCGGCCAAUAUGGACACCGUUGGUACGUUUGAGAUGGCAUUGGCUCUUAACAAACACACCUGUUUUACGACAAUACAUAAACAUUAUUCAUUGCAAGAGUGGAUGGAUUUCGCGGCUAAUAAUCCAUCGGUUUUAACUAAUGUGGCCGUAAGUUCGGGUAUCGGUCAACAAGAUUUGGAUAAAUUAUCACAAAUUCUUCAGAAUAUUGCGGAAAUAAAAUACAUUUGUCUGGAUGUGGCCAACGGGUAUUCAGAACAUUUCGUUGAGUUCGUCAAACAGGUCCGCAAUCUAUUUCCAAAUCAUACAAUAAUGGCUGGAAAUGUAGUAACGGGUGAAAUGGUUGAAGAGCUGAUUCUGGCGGGCGCUGACAUCAUCAAAGUAGGCAUUGGUCCGGGAUCUGUCUGUACUACUCGCAAGAAGACUGGUGUCGGUUAUCCACAAUUGUCAGCAGUUCUUGAAUGUAUGGAUGCGGCUCACGGAUUGGGAGGCCAUAUAAUCUCGGAUGGUGGCUGUACCUGUCCGGGAGAUAUCUGUAAAGCGUUUGGUGCCGGAGCCGACUUUGUUAUGUUAGGAGGAAUGCUCUCGGGUCACGACCAGUGCGGCGGUGAAAUUGUGGUCAAACCGAAUGGUAAGAAAGUUAAACAGUUUUAUGGUAUGAGCUCUGAGACAGCUAUGAACAAACAUCACGGAGGGGUCGCUGAAUAUCGUGCUUCUGAGGGCAAGACAGUAGAAGUGCCCUAUAGAGGGGAUGUCGAGUUCACUAUUCUUGAUGUCUUAGGUGGUCUACGAUCUGCCUGUACUUAUACCGGUGCCUCAAAACUUAAGGAACUACCUAUACGUACUACUUUUGUUAGAGUCACUCAACAAACUAAUGAAAUCUUUAAAAUGAUGGAAAUUGAUAACUAAAUUAUCAAUUUAUAAAUUCAAUAUUUUUUAACUUUUAAUCAGUAUUUUCUCUUAUUUUUAAAUAUAAUCACUAUUUGCCAAAUUGUUAUAAUUAAUUUUUACAUAUUUUAUCUUUGGAUCUGAUAUAAUAUAAUAUACUUUAUACAGUAUUAUUUCUCGUUUGUAUAAGUAAUUUAUA